AUGUCAACAAAUAAUAGUACGUAAAUCAAAAUAUCGGUUACUUCUUACACUUCAGAAAGAUCUAUCACAAGGUAUGUUAUAGCUGUAGAAUGCACUAAUCAAAAGAAAUGGCAAAUAUUAAAAAGAUAUUCGGAAGUUGAAGAGAUCCAUAACAGAUUACAAGAAUUAUUUAAUAAUCUACCAUAAUUUCCAAAAAAAUAGUUAUUUCAUCUGAAUAGAAGUGAAAUUGAGUUCAGAAUGCAAUAAUUAGAUGAUUAUCUAAAUUAACUAUUGAGCAGAAGAGAAAUCUUAAACUCAGCUAUAUUAAGAGACUUUUUAAUACUUGAUCAAUAUGACGAAUUCUUACAUCCAGCUCAAGUAUAACAUAGGAUUCUAAAUAUGAGUUUGAAGGACAUACAUGAGAAUGAUAACAUUACUCUAUUAUUGUUAUAUGACUCUAGUAGGAUGGCUAGAAUAGAUACUUAUAUAAAUAAUAUUUUGGAAUCGAAAAAACAAUCUCCUAUAAGUACAUUGAUUUGCUUUAGUCAGAAUGAUUUUAAACAAAAAAUAUUUAGUAAGGAAUACUUAAAGGCAUUAACUUGUAUGAGUUUUAAUAAUACAGAAAACGCAUUUGCUGUUGGACUUUCAUCAGGAUUAGUAUAUUAUUACAGAUUAGAUGAAAAGUAUGCAAUUGAUAUGGAAGAGCAAUUUUAGCUGGCUUAAUCUAAAAUUUCUGGGUGUGUAUUAAUUUAAAGAGAGAUAUAUGCAAUAACAAAUAAUUUGUUGAAAAUACAAAAUACUAAGAAAAUAUAGGAAUAAUAAGAAAUUCCAAUUGGUUCAUAGGAAUUAACUAAUAUCAUUUAUAAUUCCACCAGGAAUCUUGUCGUAAUUGCUAACAAUGUAGGAGAAAUCUAUUUAUGCUAAGUGCCUUUUGUAAAAAUAGGACUCAAGGUUUCAACACAGUCUACUCAAAUUAUUUAGCUAUUAAUAGAUAAUGAACGUAAUUAUUUAAUGGCUUUGAAUCAUGAACCUAGUCAUAUCAUCAUUUUCGAUUUUGCUAAAGGACUUUAAAAUGGGUAUGCAUAAAUAAAGACAAAUAUUGAAAUAAAAAAUAAGAGCUUAUGCUUUGAAUGGUCUAAGAAAAGGGGAGAGAUAUUCAUAGGGAAUGAGGAUGGUACGAUAUCAAUUUGGCAUGUAUAAGAUUUAUAACCAUUUUAUGUAUUUAAGGCUCAUUCUAAAAAAGUAAACAAGAUUGUUUGGAAUGAAAAUAAGUCAUUUCUCCUGACCGGUAGUGAUGAUGAAUCCUUAAAGUAAUGGUAUUUGCCAAAGAAAUGGAGAAUUGGUCAAGCCGACAAUUUCUCAACUUUUUGA